AAUUUGGACUGCUGUACAGCCUCAACUUUCGCCAUCAGUCAUAUUUGCGUGACAGGCGUCGUAAAAAAAAAGAAAAUCAACGCGAGUCGUCGACAAGGUCUUACAUUGUAUUUCUCUGUUAUGAUAAGCAUCCUUUUGUACAUUCUGAGACAACCAAAACAAAAAGGACCCGUUGUACGAACAGUUAUGUGGUGGGCGAUAAAUUGAAUAAGAGAAAACAUUUUUCCAUUGCUAGUCUACUACAAAGGGUAACUUGCAGCAAGAUAGACAUCCCAUAAAGAAAUAUGGAUAUACGCUUCAGGGACUAGUUGUUCUCUUAACGAGACAGCCCAAACUCAGAAAAGUGUAAAUACACAUAUGGGACAGGCGGCUGCCGUCCAGGUAGCUUAUUAUAAAUCCAGUCUGUUCUUUGAGGGAGAUAAGGUUAGUGGAGAGUGACAGAAGUGCAGAUAGGUGAGCGCGUAUGGCAGUUUCUACCAGUGACGCAAGUCCAAAAACACUGCUGUCCACAAAGGGGCGAGGGAAAAGGUAGACAUAAAGCAGCCAUGGUUAAAAUAAUACACAACAAGGGGGAAAAAAAAGAUGACGUAGAUAAAGAAACUGAAAGACAGCCAAAGAGAAAAAAAAAGAAACGAUAAAAUGAAAAGAAACAGACGCUAUAUCCAACGAGUAACCUGUCGUUUUCAUCAGAUUUCUUCUCUGUUCCUCCUGACCGACCAUCAGGUGGGCAACGAUCGUUUGAUUUUGUCAUUUUUCGUUUGAUUUCUUCGACGAAGAAACUGUGAGGCGACGUGACGGACGGAAGUGUACCAAUUCAUUUUUCGUACACGCACGAAAAUGCGAAACAAAAAUAGCUACAGACGUCAAGAAACGGAUGAAGGGGAGAAGAGAGAAAAAUAGAUCCUCGCGUCCCAUGACUGGAAAUUUGACGCUUUUAUCUUCCCUUGCAUUUGUUUAGGGCCCGUUUGUCUUUAUUUUCUGCAACUAGCUGCAUGCCUUUGCCCUAAAGUUUGAUCCUGGAAUAACAUCGAAGCCUCUGUGACCCCAUGACAUUCCCUUUUUUCCGUAUGCAAUAAUCUACAUAUUGUGCUUUGAAAUCGGUUCGAUCCAUCCUAUGUUUGGCUUGUCUAGAAAUUCCAAUGAGACGGAUGUCGCCGAAUCUAGCCAUUGCCCGCGGUCAGUGCUGGCACGUCUAACUCUGUGACUCGCCAACACAUCGACAGCGCAUGCAUUUAUGCAUUUUCAGAUCGACAUGUUGCUGCUGUGCACAUCAUGGAGCCUUGGAGAUCCUAUUGAAAGGGGACUCGAAUAGACGGCUGUGACGAGGAUGACUGCUGCUAUAUUCUAGUGCUUACGGCUACCACUAGAAAGUUGUGCACGGACCAAGGGCUCGUUGCGGCGUCAUCUCUUGCGUUUUUUUUUUUUUUUUUCGAGAAGUCAUCCUGCUCGUCGCCUUUCCAACAGAAAAAAGAACAACAACUUGACAACAAACGCAAGAAGAAAAAAAGUAAACCUGUUUGAAGUGUGUUUGAAAAUGAGGUGUUUCAAAUUCCCCGUCGAACUUCCAGAUACAAAUAAUCCUACAAAUAAAGCGUUUUGAAAGAGAAAAAAACAAAAGAAAAACACAACAAACAACCAAACCGUAUCGACGAGUUACGGAGAAUUCAAUUUUAUACGUGUAAAAUUAUGAGAUGUGGCAUUGGAGAUUAUGUACGCAGUACACGCUAGGUUAUUUACUCUCCGUGUCAUGAGCCAUCUGUUCUUCGGGACCUAACAACCCCGGACUUUGUUUAAAAAAAGCUGCGAUAAGAAGAAUGAUCACAACAGGUUCGGUGUGAAGCCAUGGCAACCAAAAGCCUUAUCUUUUUGUUUCAGUUUUUUGGCAAAAUACACCUGUACAUAUUUUGUGGAGUCUUCUAGCUCUUCAUCUAAUCUCCUAGUUUGACACUCAAGUCUGUCAUUUCUGUGUGAACUUUGAUCGCCCUGUCACCCGAAUAUUCAUUGCUAUGACACGCUUCACGAAAACAAUAAAAGAAUGGACACAGUGUUAAUCAGUGUCGACUAGUGUAGCAAUCGAAACCAACGACUUGGGUCAGGACCGGUUAUUGAGCUUAUCUGGCGAGGAAGAUGGUCGACAAGAGACGGCUCAACUGAUCAGGUGUACUGCUUGCUCGUUUUAAGGAUUCUGUGCUUGACGGUGAUGGAGUGCUACGCCAUCUACGACGAAUCAAUCAGUGCCUUUUUCUCAGGAUCGGGUGGCGGUGUCGUUAUUGUCAUGAUCUGGUUAAUUCAAAUCAUUCUAUCCGGCUACACAUCGUUAUCGGACUGUUUGGGACCCGACAAUCCAUCCAACCAAAACCGAUGCAUUGCCUUAAACGUCAUGGAGUGCCUAGUUUAUUCUGGAGCUGCAUCCAAUCUGUACCACUCGGAAAAAAUUCAGCUUAUUGAUGUUUUGAUUCUCAACGGUUCGCUGGGCAUUUUCCACUUGGGUCACGUGCUGUUUUUCUUGAAUCCAUGGCUAUGCUACCACGGGCUUUACGGAGCCUUUCACGCUGCUCUGUGCAUCGGGACGCCUCUGCUAGCGUUCAAUCUGAGUUCCUCACACACAGCUUCCGGUAGGGAUCCGUCAGAAGGUGAUGAUCCAUCUCUGGCAACCGAUUGGCAGUCAGUGAGGCAGGUUGAAAUUGGUUGCGUCGGUCUAUUAUGCUGUUUAUGGUAUUCGCUGGAGACGCACGUUGUCGUCUGGAAGAGGCAUCGCUUCCGUUUCGAACAACAUCAGGAUUGCUUUUUCGUCUUGUUAUGUUUCGGUUACGCUGACAUUUGGAAUGUUUUGGCCAAGUGCAGGCUCUUCGUGGCUAAAUCGACUGAAACGACUACGCAGAAUGGUAAAAAAGCGAAAAUGCGUGCAAACGCUGAACGGCUACUUGCCGGUUGACUUCCGACUCUUUUCUUUUCGCAUCGUUUUUUUUUAGGUAACUAGGAGUAUAAGCGGAUACAUGCCUCGUGUGAAUUCUUGGAAUGAUUGCGUCUCCUUUACAACGCAUAACUACGCCGGAAGGAACUCGCACGUGAUCUAGGUUCACAAAUCGAUCAACCGACAGUCGGAACUCGUGCCGUUUCCUAUUUUCCGACUGAAUUCGAAGUAUGCAUAUAACCGACACCGAGCAUUCCAACUAGCACCGACUCGCACCGAAAAAAAAAAAUGAAUAAGCAAAACAGCCAUUAUUAAUCAAUACGUUCUUUUCAUUUUAGCCCAUUAUCUCUAACGAGAGAUUUUUUCUCGUUUGGACUGAUCAUGCUUAUUAUUAGUUAUGCGUAGGGUUCCAGGGCUUUUUGCGUCAAGAAAGCCUUUUAAUGUUCUGCAUACUAUUUUCAUUUAGCCUAUUGUUCUUGAGGUAGCCCAAUUUCCUGUGAUUUGCAUGCAACACUGGUACUUUUGUUUAUGUUUUCUGGUAUACGCUUUUCACGCAACAUAAUUGAAUAGGUAACAAAAUUUUGAAGGUGAAUUCUGAAUGGACGUUCCAUCUAGUGAGAAAAUGCGUAUUUGCUUCUAGUCUGUGAUUCAAUUGGAUAGCGGCAAGAACAUUUUCACGUACCGUUUUCGUGAAUAGCCGUUUCAUUGCUGGGUGGUUAGUGAUAGAUGUGACAGUACUGGAAACAUUUGUCGUCUGUGUCCAGUGCCUCAAGUCUGAACAAUACAGUUUCGAAAACCAUUCA